GGCGCCCGGCCGGCCGGGAGGUGGUGCUCGCCUCCCCGCGCUCGGGCCCGCGCGUUGCCGGGCAGCGGCUCCGAGGCUCCGAAGGGGGCGGAGCGACGAGGCCGGCGUGCGGCUGGCGGCCCCUGUCCGCGGUUCCGGCCCCCGGCCCGCCCCCGCCUCGCCGGCCUCCCUCCGCGCGGUGCGCGGCGCCCCGUCCCAGCCGCAGCCGCAGCGGCCGCCCCGCCCGGGCCCGAAAGCGCGGAGCCGCGAGGCCGGGCCGGGGCGCCGGCCGGGACUGCCGGGGGCGCGGCGCCGACGCCGAGGCGCGGCCAUGGAGGGGAAGCCCCGCGCCGGGGUCGCGCUGGUCCCGGGGCCGAGCGGCCGCGGGCCUUCCGCCCGCCGCGCCCGCCGCCCGGGGCUGCUGCUCCCCGGCCUCUGGCUGCUGCUGCUGGCCCGGCCGGCCUCGUGCGCCCCAGACAGGCUCUCCCUGGAACAGCACAACCUUUCUUUAUCCUCCGUGGAGCUCGUGCUGAAGAAGAGUGCCGUGCACAGCCCUGCACAUGUGGCCUUAAGGGAAACUGCCCCAGGGUCCCAGCAAAGCCCUUCUCUCCACCUCAUAUCACCUCCAUCUGCCACUCCUUUUGAUACAACCUUUUUUAACCAAGGAAAACUGACCCAAAGUACGGCAGAUCACAGCAUCUUUGUGGCAAAUUACGUGUCAGUGACGAGCAACGAGGUGGUCAUAGAUGAUGAUGAGAUGGAUAACUUUUUGCCAGAAACUCACUGGACCUCUUCCCGUGCGGUUUCUCCGAUACAGUAUGUCACAGUCAGUCCGCCGGGGCUGCCCAGGGAAACCCUAGACUCCGUGCUGACUCCAUCGUUACCCAUGAUUUCUUUACAAGAUGAAGAAGUGACAUCAGCCUGGCAGAACACGAUGCAGCAACCCACAAGGUAUGCUGAGUCCCCCAGUCCUUUCAAUCCUUUUCGGUCAGCUUUUCCCACUUCCGAGGGCAUAAUUCCAACUCCUAGUAGGAAUUUGGUGCUUUAUCCUACGGACACUUAUGGGCACUUAUCAAGCAGGACUUUGCCGGAGAUCGUGGCAUCAGGAACACAGGAUGUAGGAACCCUCCUUUUCAGCUCGUGGUCUUCAGUACCUCGGCCAUUAGGUGAUGGCAUUACUCAACAGCCAUUUCCCCCCUCCGGGGAGGUCUCACCGCCUUCAGAGGAUGUUCUGGCCACAUGUGCAGACAGACACCCUGAUGUGACCACUGCUUUGAUUCAAAGUCUAAAAGAAACCAGCUCUCCAAGAACAUACUCUACUGCAACUGUAUCACAGACAGCCCUUGAUAGCAGCAGCAGCAACACAAAUUCAGAUUUGUUUUCAACUCCUCUUGUGUUUGUGUCCAUUUCUACACAAUCUGCUGAUGUUUCGUAUCACCCCUCUCUUCCCGGCAACUCCAGUGAAACAUCAGAAUCGCCUGACAAUUCAGUAGUCCCAGGUCACGUGGAUGACACUUACGUCGGGAGCCCAGUGUCUUCAUUCAGACCGUACACGUGGUGCGUGUCCUGCACUCUGGCGUCACCUCGGCGUGUUCUGUCAACGAGCCUCAUGGAGAAAGACAUGGGAUCGGGGGAUGGCGCUGAGACCCUGUCUGUGACUGUAUUGGAAGCAAGCAGCAUCUCUCCACUGAGCAGCAUGGUAGCGGACUUCUCGGAAUUUGAGCAAGAUCCUCAAGAAUUUAAUACACUUUUCCCCUCAAGGCCGAUAGUUCCACUUUCUUCUCGAUCUGUGGAAAUCUCGGAAAGGAGCGUUGGUAUUUCAGCUGAGGUGGAUAUGAGUAGUGUUAGGACCAUACAAGCAUAUCCUUCCCAUGGUGACCUCUCUGUACCAGUGUCACUUGAUACUGCUGCUUUGGGCUCUUCCUCUGUCGUUGAAGCUCAAGUAACGCCAUCCAGCGUAACGGCUGUGUUUUCCUCGGUCACCGCCAGUGUUCUCCUUGACUCAUCUUUCCCUGUCACAGCAAACAAAAGCGCACCAUCACUUGCUCUCAGAGACCCAAGUCUUUUUACAUCUCACGGUUUGGCUCCUUCGGUGAAGUCUUCACUUUUCCCUGACCGAGAACCAGCCAGUUUUUCCCAGCAUGAAACUAGAAGUAUUUUGGAUUUUGCCUCCAGCUUUUUCUCAACUCCACCACUGGAAUUCAGCAGUUCGGUCCCUCCAUCUUCGGAAGUACUUGCUUCUCCGUCUCUGAUGUCAAGUGAUUUGUCAACCUUCAUUUCUCAGGCUUUUUCUACCUUGGUUGAGACACUUAUAUUGACCGACUCUAUCCAUUUGCAGUCACCUCAGCUUUCUGUUCCUAAUUCCACAAACCUUGAAUUUCCUCAGCUCUGGCCAAGUUCAGACCUUCUUUUAAAUACAUUCACUGUUCUACCCAGUUACUCUGAAACGUCACUACUAUCAAGCUUCCCCUCUGAUUCUCUCAAGUUCUUUGAAGUGUCAACAGUUUCACUGGCAGAUUCUGAAGCUCAUUUUACCUCAGCCCUCACUGAAACUACCUCCUAUUUUGAGUUUUCACUCAUCUCCCAUGAAUCUGCAGUCACCACACUGGUGCCCUCCAGUUCUGAGCCCAUCCUUGACAUUUUGACUGCUGGAACUCACUUGACGUCACUUUUGACUGCUUUUCACACUACGCCCAUUUUAACAGAGUCUUCUCUCUUUUCAUCUCCGACACCUUCCAAUAAUGAUAUCAGUGCUACGGAUGGUCACACAUCUGCCUUAUUCUCUUUCUCCAAAGUCAUUCCUACCACUACAGUACUGGUCACUGCCGUGUACUCGUCAUCAGCAUCCUCAUUUGUUUCUGAGGUGGUCCUCUCACCUCUGCCUACACAGCCAAUAUUUAUGGGUCCAUCCACACCCACAGACUUAUUGAUGAACGCCUCCACUAAACCGAGCUCAUCUAACACCAGUGCUGCCCCUGAUAAUACCAUUAAUACCACCCUGAACAGCAAAACUGCGAUUCAGAAUCCCCAUGGGAACAGCACGACUCUCCCCAUGCCAUCCCUUCAUCCAGUGAUCACCCCCACUCCUGAAGCGCCGGUAGAUACUCCAGCGCUGGUCACCACCAAGCCGCCAUACGUGUGUGAUAUUACAGUUCCCAAUGCCUAUUUGAUCACAACUGUGCUGGCCAGAAGAGCCGUGCAGGAGUACAUCAUUACAUCCAUCAAAGAGGUGUUGAGGAUCCACUUCAACCGCGCGGUGGAGCUCCAGGUUUAUGAAUUAUUCGCUGACUUUACUUUUCUGGUAACAUCUGGUCCUUUCGUUUACACGGCGAUAUCAGUCAUAAAUGUACUUAUAAAUAGCAAACUUGUACGUGACCAAACUCCUUUAAUCCUGGCUGUGAAACCUUCCUUCCUUGUGCCAGAGUCCAGGUUCCAAGUUCAAACAGUACUUCAGUUUGUGCCUCAGAGUGUGGAUACUGGCUUCUGCACCUUCACCCAGCGCAUUGAGAAAGGCCUGAUGAUAGCACUCUCUGAAGUGAGGAAACACCACCAGGGGACGUACAACCUCACGGUGCAGAUCUUGAAUAUCACUGUGGGUUCUUCAAGGGUGGCUUCUCGGCGGGGUCCAGUGAACAUCGUCUUUGCUGUUAAAGGCACACAGGGGUUUCUGAAUGGGUCAGAAGUGAGCGAGCUGCUCAGGAACUUGAGCGUGGUGGAGUUCAGUUUCUAUCUGGGGUACCCGGUGCUACAGAUCGCUGAACCCUUCCAGUACCCACAGCUCAACUUAUCUCACUUGUUGAAGUCCUCGUGGGUGAGAACAGUCCUCCUGGGUGUCGUUGAGAAGCAGCUCCAGAGUGAAGUGUUUCAAGCUGAGAUGGAGCGCAAGCUGGCCCAGCUGCUCGGUGAGGUUUCCACCAGGAGGCGGAUGUGGAGAAGGGCCACCGCUGCCGCCGGGAACAGCGUGGUGCAGGUGGUAAAUGUGUCAAGGCUGGAGGGAGAUGACAACCCUGUGCAGCUCAUCUACUUUGUGGAGGAUCAAGAUGGAGAAAGACUCAGUGCGGUCAAGUCUUCAGAUCUGAUUAACAAGAUAGAUGUCCAGAGAGCAGCCAUUAUCUUGGGUUACCGAAUUCAAGGCGCCGUUGCCCAACCCGUGGACAGGGUAAAGAGGCCGUCCCCAGAGUCCCAGAGCAGCAACCUCUGGGUCAUUGUGGGUGUGGUCAUUCCAGUGCUGGUGGUGAUGGUGAUCGUUGUCAUCCUCUACUGGAAACUCUGCCGCACAGACAAGUUGGACUUUCAGCCUGACACGGUGGCCAAUAUUCAGCAGCGUCAGAAGUUGCAGAUCCCUAGUGUGAAGGGCUUCGAUUUUGCUAAGCAGCAUCUGGGUCAGCACAACAAAGAUGACAUAUUGAUUAUUCACGAGCCGGCACCACUGCCGGGACCUGUGAAGGACCAUGCCACGCCCUCUGAAAAUGGAGAUGUGCCGAGUCCCAAGGCAAAGAUCCCCUCCAAGAACAUCCGUCACAGAGGAAGAGUUUCUCCCUCAGAUGCUGACUCUACAGUAAGCGAAGAGUCCAGUGAGAGGGAUACAGGAGACAAGACGCCAGGAGUGGUGAACGACAGCAAGUCCCACAGAGCCCCACAGAGUGGGCCACCACCCCCCAGUCCAGGGAACGAGCAGCACUCAUCAGCCUCCAUCUUUGAGCAUGUGGACAGGAUUUCCCGCUCCUCGGAAGCCAGUCGACGGGUCCCCAGUAAGAUCCAGCUGAUUGCCAUGCAGCCAAUCCCAGCUCCCCCAGUUCAGCACCCUGUAUUGGCUGACAGAGUGGCAGAAACCAACAAAAUUAACAAAGAGAUUCAGACGGCGCUGCGGCACAAGUCGGAGAUCGAGCACCAUCGGAACAAGAUCCGGCUCCGCGCCAAGCGCCGCGGCCACUACGAGUUCCCGGUGGUGGACGAGCUGUCCUCGGGCGACACGCGCGAGCGCCACCGCGUCUACCGCCGGGCGCAGAUGCAGAUCGACAAGAUCCUGGACCCCACGGCCAGCGUGCCCUCGGUGUUCAUCGAGCCCAGGAAGAGCUCGCGGAUAAAACGUUCUCCUAAGCCACGCCGGAAACAUCAGGUCAACGGCUGCCCUGGAGAUGCCGAGAAGGACAGACUCAUCACCACAGACAGUGACGGCACUUACAAAAGGCCCCCUGGUGUCCACAACUCUGCCUAUAUCGGUUGCCCGUCCGAUCCCGACCUCCCGGCAGAUGUGCAGACGCCGUCUUCUACAGAGCUGGGGAGGUAUCCGGGCCUGCCCUUCCCAGCGUCCCAGUACAUCCCGCCCCAGCCGUCCAUUGAGGAGGCACGCCAGACCAUGCACUCUCUCCUCGACGACGCUUUUGCCCUUGUGGCCCCCAGCAGCCAGCCUGCCAGUGCUGUGGCUGCAGGCCCCGGGGUCUCCGCCGGCCUGCCUGUGAACAGCACGCCUUCCCGGGAAGAGAGGCGAGCCACUCAGUGGGGGUCCUUCUACAGCCCAGCUCAGACAGCCAACAACCCAUGCAGUAGAUAUGAAGACUAUGGAAUGACUCCCCCAUCAGGCCCAUUGCCGAGACCAGGUUUUGGCCCCGGUUUGCUGCAGUCUUCGGAGCUGGUGCCUCCCGAGCCCCAGCAGCCACAGGCAUCGGCUGAAGCCCCGUUUGCUGCCCGAGGGAUCUACUCUGAGGAGAUGCCGUCCGUGGCCCGGCCUCGGCCUGUCGGCGGCACCACAGGCUCCCAGAUCCAGCACCUGACACAGGUGGGAAUUGCGAGCAGAAUUGGAGCUCAGCCAGUGGAAAUCCCAGCAAGCAGAGGUGCCCAGUACGGGGGACCAGGCUGGCCUUCAUAUGGGGAGGAUGAAGCGGGGCGGAGAGAGGCCACACACGUGCUCGGACAUCAGGAGUAUUCUUCUUCACCGCUGUUCCAGGUGCCAAGGACUUCAGGCAGGGAGCCCUCAGCUCCUCCUGGGAACCUCCCGCACAGGGGGCUGCCAGGCGCCGGGCUGGCUCACACUACCAGCUCCACGGAAGACCUCCAGCCCAGCCACUCCUCAGCUUCUCUCAUCAAAGCGAUCCGCGAGGAGCUCCUCCGGCUGUCCCAGAAACAGACCGCCGUGCAGAGCUUCCACAGCUGAUCGGCUUCGCCCUGCAGAUUUGCCAAGUAUUCGCUUCCCGUGGAAGCAAGACUAAAAGGAAGUCAACGUUUGUAAGAGGAUGAGCAUCUCCUGGGCUAGGUGCCCAUGUAAGGGAGCAAGUUGCAAUUUUGGAAGAUGCCAUAAGUCACGUGACAGCUCAUGAUGCUUUUAAUAAGUUGGCAAUUUUGUGACCACUUAGGUUCAGUCAAAAUUUACGUACUUUGGGCCAAAAGCCAGCAGCACUUCACGAAAGACAAACCACAAACCUAAGCUAACAAAAUUACCAAGUUAGUCUCCUUUUUAAAGGCAAAAGAUGAAAAUGUGUAGAUGGUAUAGGGAUUAAAGGAAUCCAGCAUUUCCGGGGAAAGAUGUGAUUCAGACUGGUUUGUAUGAUGAACCUGCUGCUUUGUUUUCUGAGAAAAGAGAUUUGAAGACAUUUUAUUAACAGCUUGAUUUCCCUCUUUCUCUCCAUAGGAACUUAUUUUAAUAGUAAUAUUAACAACAAGAAUACUAAGACUGUUCGAGAAUAAAAAAAGCUACUCGUGAGAAACCAAAUGAUAGAUUGUAGAGCCUGAUUAUUCCAAACUGAAGCCGUCAUCUGCGUUUUCCCUCUACUUCUGGUGCUGCAGCUCCGAGAGCCCCUUCACCUUUAUGUCUGUGAAAUGCAACUUUGGCUUUAUCGGUGGAAAAAUAUGUUGAAGGUUUCAUUUUGUUCUAAGGGAAAAAAAAAACCCUCCUAGUUAGAGGAGGAAAGCUUAAUAUUUAUUUGGUUAUUCAGAAUGCAUAUCGCAAUUUAGAUUUACAUUCUUAAUUGUAUUUGCUGUUUAUUAAUUGGGCACAUGCAACUACCGAUAGCAUCUCAUUUCUGCACAUGUCAGCAUUCAGGCCAGUCCUGUAGAAUGAGGCUCUCAGGAGGUCCUAACUAGUCCUUGCACUUUGCUGAUGAGUUGCUCACAAAUUGUUUGAAUGAGAAGUCUUACAUAAGCAAAACUUAUUUAUAAAAAUUCCUCAGACCACCAAAUUGUUAUUCAUGAAUAUAUUCCUAGUAAUCACAUCCUCUGUGUUCAGGACCUGGAAAUGAGACUGAGCAUGGUUCAGCCUGUCUGUCAAGAAUCAGGAAAUGUAAAGAAGAGCUUGGAGACGUGAAGGAAGGAGAAAGUUGCUCCUAAUUUCUGAUUUUAUUGUGCAUGCCUCUGCUGAGUGACUGUUAGAACCAUCUGGUGUACUUUGGGCCUGACAGAGGGUAUCAUCUCAAUUGAGAUUUACUUCUGAAGUAAACAUUUCCCCACUUCCCAAAUUAGACAAAAGAUUAUACUAACCAGGGCUGCUUGUUUCCCAUUACCUGAGUGAAAUUCAGAAGAAAAACAGGUAACAGAUUUCCACUAUGAAUCCUCUUUUAUUAAAUCAACUAAUACUUUUAAUUAAACAACAGAUAAACAGGCAGAAUUUGGGGCUCUGACUAAUCAAAAUUAGUGUAUCUGUGUCAAAUUUUAAGAAUCCUAAAAUAGUUAAAAUAGGUUUCUAAAGUGUCAUCAUUGGGUUCCAGAAUCACAUGUCAGCACCUCCUUAGUAAGGCCUGUCAUACAGAUUUACAGUACAGGGAAAAUUGGUUCUGGGAUGUUCAGAUGUAGUCAUUUUUUUUUUUUUUUUUU